GGGGAUCUGCAGCAGCAGCAGGCAGCAGCCGGCACACAGGGAGUGCACGCCAGAGGAGCAGCCACAGGAAAAUGCCUCACGGGCCCCACGGAGACAGAGCAGGCAGGAGGUUCAGGGGACACAGGAGGCAGUUUGUUUCCUCAGCCAGGAGAGUUGACCCACAGCGCUGGGCAGCCUUGCUGGAGAAAACAAAGAGGAACCUGACGGUGACAGACAAACGGGGAGAAGUUGCAACAGAACCACCCAUUCAAGUGCACAAGCUCUCAGAGGUACCUGAGGAUGGGGAGGAGACAUCUGGUGAUCUCGUAUCUCCAGAAGAAGAGUUCAUGAUAGCAGCGACAGAGAGAUCCCCAGUAUCUGCUCUGGGGAGAGCAACAGAGCUCAUGAUCACCGCAGGGCCCAAGGAGACUGCGAGUGCCACUCCUGCCUGGAGCAGCUCCCUCCUGCUCACAGAGCCAGCAGCUCCCCCACCUUCACCUCCUUCACACCCCGUGGCACCCGCCAGCAAAAGGCCACAAACGCUUCCAAAACCUACAGACUCAUGGGGAAGAUCUGGUUUGAGUCAAACACCAGCAAAUGUGAAACAAUCAACUGCACCAAGCAGAACAUCCACACUCUUCCCUGCUGGGCAAAAGUCAAUAUAUUCUGGGGAAAGUAAUAACCAGCAUCUAAAGUCUGCAUCCAUGACUCCCACAACAGAAGCUACGGGCACCAGCAAGGCUGUAACUCCCCAAAGCCCAGCAGACAGGUUACAUGUUUUUACCGAGUCUAUUGACAAUGUUUCCACCAAAACAGAUCACCAGGUCCCUGUGGUGACAGUCAAUGCACCAAGCUCUGAAUUUGGCCCCAUUUAUUUUCAUAGUACUCAGAAAGGAGGAACCCCAAAUCCACCACUGGCCUUGACUUUGGCUGCUCAUCAGCAAAUUCGGGUUAUCCAGGACGUUCCAACUCGCCCACCCCAGCUCCAGCAGCACCACGGGAGACGAAGGAAAAUUUCAGGUCGGAGGCGAAUUGUUAGACCAGGACGUAUCCCAGGCAUGAAAAAGCAUCAAUACAAUUUUGGGAGGCCAGGAUCUGCCAGAGGAAGCACAGAUGUGGCUACAGGUGUUCAACUGAAUAUGAACUCAGUAUCAAAUGUGCCAGCCUUAAAUAACUUAAGCAGUUCCACGAAUCCAUCUAGCCCAGAAGCGCCCCGGUCGUCCCCCUCCUCCAUGGAUACGGCUCCUCAAACCAACACCAGAGCCACCAAAAGUAAAAUACUCAGAGUGGGAGGAAGGAGAGGUCAGAGGAGGAAGAGGCCUCAUAAAACAGCAGCUCCACAGCAUCUGUGCCUCUGA